AUGUCUCUGACCAACACAAAGACGGGCUUCUCGGUGAAGGACAUUUUGGACCUCCCCGACACCAACGAUGAGGACGGCUCAGCGGAGGGCGGCGAGGAGGAGAGCGAGGCGCCCGAGCCGCCCAGGAAAGCGGGAGUUUUGGGACAAACCCCCUUGGACACUGUUCCGACGCUGCCUUUGAAGAGUCCUUUCUAUGAUAACAGCGAUAAUCCCUACACGCGCUGGCUGGCGAGCGCCGAGGGCAUCCAGUACUCCCUGCACGGGCUGGCGGCCGGCGGCGGCGGCCAGGACCCCUCGGCCAAAUCCCCGGAGCCGUCGGCAGACGAGUCGCCCGACAACGAGAAGGAAGCGGUGGGCGGCGGGGACGCGGGCAAGAAGAGGAAGAGGAGGGUGCUCUUCUCCAAGGCGCAGACCUACGAGCUGGAGCGGCGGUUCCGGCAGCAGCGGUACCUGUCGGCGCCGGAGCGGGAGCACCUGGCCAGCCUGAUCCGCCUCACCCCCACGCAGGUGAAGAUCUGGUUCCAGAACCACCGCUACAAGAUGAAGCGGGCGCGGGCCGAGAAAGGUAUGGAAGUGACUCCUCUUCCCUCGCCGCGGCGGGUGGCCGUGCCGGUGCUAGUCAGGGACGGCAAGCCCUGCCACACGCUCAAAGCCCAGGACUUGGCAGCCGCGACGUUCCAGGCGGGCAUCCCGUUCUCGGCGUACAGCGCGCAGUCCCUGCAGCAGCACAUGCAGUACAACGCGCAGUACAGCGCGGCCGGCAGCCCCCAGUACCCCACAGCGCACCACUUGGUACAGGCGCAGCAAUGGACUUGGUGAGGGCUGCGGGCCCCCAGCACACGCCC